CUGAAUCUGACAUCACUACCUCGCUGUUAAUGCUACUAGCAAGUGGUUUGUUCUUAGGGUAACAGAGGAGGAAAUUGCUCCCCGUCUGAUAAGUCAACAGGGUAGAGUAAGGACGCAUGCUGUUUCAUAGGAAUACAGCUGAUUUCCAGAUAUAACCAUGUUUUUGUGGCUUAAACUUUUGGCCUUUGGCUUUGUCUUUCUGGACACUGGAGUGUUUGUUACAGGACAAUCCACACCUUCCACUAGUGAUCAGCCCAUUGCACCAUCCACUCAGAGCUCUCCAGCAAGCACUGCCCCUACAAACGCUUCCACAACCAUAGCUCCAACUCCAGUGGUGCCCUGUGGUGAGAAUAUCUCUGUGAGCUACACUUAUGGCAAUGAAAAUAAAACAUUUACUGCAAAAUUGAUUGUUCAUGGUAAAGAUAAAUGUAAACCUGAGUGUGAAAACAAAACAAUCAGUAACCUAACAGCAUGCGAGAACUUCACUGUAAAUUUUACUUCAUGUCCUGAUUCACCUAAGACAUUCACAGCACCAUCAGUGUUUUUCUUGGAAAAUUGCACACAGCCUGAAACAGCAAAUACUUCUAUUUGUUUAAAUUGGACUUCAACUGAUAACUGUAAAGAAAAUAUUAUGUACACAUUUCACUGUGGUAACUCUACUGGAUCUAAUAUGACCCUACUUAAUGAAUCUCAUGAUAAUUCAAGACUAUUUGAAAAGCUUGAACCAGAAACUAAUUAUAAUUGUGUUUCACAAGUACUUUAUAAUCACCAGCUGCUUUUUGAAAAAAAUAUUACAAUUUUAACAGAUAUUGGAAUCCCAGACCCGCCUAAGAAUCUUACUUGUGAAUCUGAAGGUAAACGUGGAAGACGGAUUACCUGGAUCAAACCUGACAAAAAUGUUCAUAAGUUUUAUCUUCAUUAUAAGAAUAGCACAGAUGAAGAGAACUAUGAUAUUCCAGCUAAAGAAAAUGAGAAGUAUUUGGAGAGACUGAAACCUUACACAAACUAUACUGUAUCAAUCCAUGCCAGCACCAACGGAAAAGUGCAACGUAAUGGAACUGCAACCACGUGUAAAUUUCGAACAAACCCUUCAGAGCCUGGUGAGGUUGAAGGAUUGAAAGUUGCUUCAACUUCAGACAAUAGCAUGAAUGUGAUUUGUAAGCCGCCUAAAGAACUUAACGGUCCAAAAGGCUGUUAUCAUUUGAUAGUCAAAGGAGGUCAUGAUAUGCGAACUACUAACAGCAAAGACUGCAACUUCAGUGUAAAAGACCUUCAUUAUUUAACAGAGUACACUUUUGAGGUCUAUUACAACAAUACUAAACAUCGUGGACCUUCAUGUUCUGUAUAUAAAGAAACAUCAUAUGAUUCUAAAUCACUGAUUAUAUUUUUGGCAUUUCUGAUUAUUGUGACAUCAAUAGCUCUACUUAUUGUUCUCUAUAAAAUCUAUGAUCUACAGAAGAGAAGAUCCAGAAAUUUAGAAGAACAACAGGAACUUGUUGAAAGGGAUGAUGAAAAGCAACUGAUGAAUGUGGAGCCAAUCAAUGCAGAUACUUUGGUGGAAACUUAUAAGAGAAAGAUUGCUGAUGAAGCAAGACUUUUUCUGGCUGAAUUUCAGAGCAUUCCAAGGGUGUUCAGCAAGUUUCCUAUCAAGGAUGCUCGAAAACCCUUUAACCAGAAUAAAAACCGUUAUGUUGACAUCCUUCCUUAUGAUUAUAAUCGUGUUGAACUCUCUGAUCUAAAUGGAGAUGCAGGUUCAAACUACAUAAAUGCCAGUUAUAUUGAUGGUUUCAAAGAACCUAGGAAAUACAUUGCUGCACAAGGUCCAAGGGAUGAAACAGUUGAUGAUUUCUGGAGGAUGAUCUGGGAACAGAAAGCCACAGUUAUUGUCAUGGUCACUCGAUGUGAGGAAGGAAAUAGGAACAAAUGUGCAGAGUACUGGCCAUCAAUGGAAGAGGGGACACGGACUUUCAGAGAUGUUACUGUAAAUCUCACUGAGUACAAAAGAUGUCCAGAUUAUGUCAUUCAGAAAUUGAACAUUGCAAAUAAAAAAGAAAAAACAGCCGCAAGAGAGAUAACUCACAUUCAGUUCACCAGCUGGCCAGACCACGGGGUGCCUGAAGAGCCUCACCUGCUCCUCAAGCUGCGAAGGAGAGUGAACGCUUUCAGCAACUUCUUCAGCGGCCCCAUAGUGGUGCACUGCAGUGCUGGUGUUGGGCGCACAGGUACCUACAUUGGAAUUGACGCCAUGCUAGAAGGCCUGGAGGCAGAGAACAAAGUGGAUAUUUAUGGUUAUGUUGUCAAGCUGAGGCGACAGAGAUGCCUGAUGGUUCAAGUGGAGGCACAGUACAUUUUGAUCCAUCAGGCAUUGGUGGAAUACGUUCAGCAUGGGGAAACAGAAUUGAGCUUGUCUGAAUUCCAUUCAUCUCUACAAAACUUGAAGAAAAGAGAUCCUCCCAGUGACCCCUCUCCACUAGAGGCAGAAUUCCAGAGACUUCCUACAUAUAAGAGCUGGAGGACACAACACGUUGGAAAUCAUGAAGAAAAUAAAAGUAAAAACAGGAAUUCUCAUGUCAUUCCAUAUGACUUUAACAGAGUGCCACUUAGACAUGAACUGGAAAUAAGCCAAGAGAGUGAGCAUGAUUCAGAUGAGUCUUCUGAUGACGACAGUGACUCAGAGGAAAUUAGCAAAUAUAUCAAUGCAUCCUUUAUAAUGAGUUACUGGAAACCUGAAAUGAUGAUUGCUGCUCAGGGACCUCUGAAAGAAACCAUUGGUGACUUUUGGCAGAUGAUAUUCCAAAGAAAAGUAAAAGUUAUUGUUAUGUUAACAGAGCUGAAGAAUGGAGACCAGGAAGUCUGUGCUCAAUACUGGGGAGAAGGAAAGCAAACAUAUGAAGAUGUAGAAGUUGAAAUGAAAAACACAAAUAAAUCUCCAGCUUACACACUCCGUGUAUUUGAACUAAGGCAUUCCAAGAGGAAAGACUGUCGAACUAUACACCAGUACCAAUUUCAUAACUGGAGUGCGGAAGAGCUUCCUGCAGAACCCAAAGAAUUAAUAUCUAUGAUUCAGGUUCUCAAACAAGAACUUCCCAAGAAGAAUUCCACCGAAGGAACUAAGUAUCACAAGAAUGUGCCUCUUCUCAUUCAUUGCAGGGAUGGAUCUCAGCAAACGGGAAUAUUUUGUGCUUUGUUAAAUCUCUUGGAAAGUGCAGAAACAGAAGAGGUGGUUGAUGUGUUUCAAGUAGUAAAAUCUCUACGCAAAGCAAGGCCAGGAAUUGUUCCCACAUUUGAACAGUAUCAAUUCCUAUAUGACAUCAUUGCUACCAUCUAUCCUGCCCAGAAUGGACAAGUAAAGAAAAACAACCAAGAAGAUAAAAUUGAAUUUGAUAAUGAAGUGGACAAAGCAAAUCAGGAUGCAAAUUGUGUUAGUCCCAUUGGUGCCCUAGAUAAAGCCCAAGAAGGAAACAAGGAAGAAGUUUCCAAAUCCACUAGUGGCACUGAGGAGCCAGAACAAUCUGCCAAUGGUCCAGCAAAUCCAGCUUUAACACAAAGUACAUAGAAAAAGACAAAAUUGGGUCAACUCAAAAACUCACCUAGCCAGUAUUUUUAUUUUUUUAGAAGUAAGUGGGUAAAAUAGAUAUAUAGUAGAUUAAUGAAAUGCACUGGACCAGUAUCCGUGAAAAGUUUCAGUUUACCAGUGAAAACAAAUAUUUAAGAUGGUUUUGCGAAAACAUUUUGUACAGUCUUGUGUUAUUGUUUUUUUUUUAAUUUUAUCUGUCACUAAAGGACUCUAGUCUUUUGCAUUAGUGUGUGUUUGUGUGUGUGCAUGAGUGUGUGACAGGUAGAAAGAAUAAGAGGAAGGCUGAAUUCAAGUGAAUCUAAAUGCUCUUGAAAAACUUUGCCUUUUUUGUCUUUUGGAAAAAAGUACAUUUUAUACUGGAAGUAUUAAUUUAGAUUAAAAGACCUAUUUUUAAAUCCUGAAUUAUAUAUAGGAUCUGUGAAAGAAUACCUGUAUAUUUCUAGAUUGACCUCAAGAUGUCCUCCUUGUUCUACUCAUGUUUACUAUCUUAUUUCUAGAAAUAGAUAUGUAAGUAGUGUGUGUGCAUAUAGUUACCAAAUGUAGGCCAGCUAAAUCAAACUAUUGAAAAACUUUAUUCCAAAUGUUAGCAUAUAGUCCGAUAUUUUUUCAAGCUUAUUUAACCUAAUUUAAAUUUUCAAGCAAGGCUAUCUUGUUAUCUUCACAUAGUCUCUACAAUUUUGCAAUAUGGAUAUUCUGUGCCUAGUAUGUGAAAUUCAUUGCUUGGUACUUUUAACCAAAAAUUGUAUGUUUCUGACAACUGAACAUCUUUAAACAAAUCCAACAUAUAUUAAAUCCAUAGGAUAAAAAUAGAAUCAUUCAAAUGUAUUUGUGCUAAGUAUUAACACAUGAAAUCUAAUGUAGCUAUUUUUAUGGAGUGCAACAUUGAUAUGAGAAAUAUCCUAUUGCAUAUGUGUUUUUCCAUGUUAAAGUUCAUCCUUGACUUUCACUGAAGUGUAUUUACUUUGAAUUUCUCAAAUGCUUAGACUGCUUUUACCAGGAGUUAAUAAUCAUAAUAAAA